AAGACAUGGCAUCCUGUAUCAUGAAACAGCGCACGACAUCCAUGCAGGCCUUUCGAUGAUAUGAAGCGCGAGAAAGGGGAAAGGUAUGAAGCCCCAACCUAGAAGCUGUGCGAUAAAUGCGUAACACUUACCUUCUGAGUAGUUCAAUAUGUGUAAAAUGACACCUUCGCGUGUGGUGCGUGUGUACGGACCUUUUGUGGCGUUUCUAGUACUGAACUAUAGUGCGCAGCCAUCUGAUUCAGUGUGCAUCGUCCCUGAGAAGCCGUUCCAGACGAUUCGCAACUCCAGCGAGAGCGUGCAGAAGCUUAUCAAAAUGUUUACUACACAGGACGAGAAAGGGAGGACUUUCCAAGAAAUGGCUAAAUUUGCAGACAGAUUUGACAAUCGUAUGGUAGGAACUCCGGAUCUGGAAAGGUCCAUCGACUACCUCUUGGAGAGAUUUAAGUUAGAUCGCUACCAGGAUGUACAUACCGAAGACGUGCAGGCAGUACGUUGGCAACGCAAACGAGAGUUGGCGCAGCUGGUCAAACCGGAACGAAAGGACCUGCACAUUUUCGGAUUGGGAGGUUCUGUAGCUACCCCUCCUGGAGGACUGACGGCGCCGCUUAUCGUCGUCCAUUCUUUCGAGCAAAUCCAAAUAAGGAGCUUAAACCUCAACGGAAAAAUUGUCCUUUACCUCCCGGAAUGGAAGGGCCCAAGGAACUACGCGAGUUACUUGCUUCAAGGUACAACGGAGGCAGCGAAGCAGGGGGCUCGGGCAUGUCUGUUCCGUGCUCCAGAGCCAUUGACCGGUGCAGCCCUGUACGCAGGGCUAGUGCAGUACGACAAGAGUGCGCCACGCAUUCCUGCUGCUGUGCUCACCAAACAGGAUUCGGAUCUUCUCUCCAGGAUGUUCGAAAGAGGUGAGCAUGUGCAAGUUGCUCUCAAGCUGGAACCUGGUCCGCUUGAACAGGUGACAACCAGGAACAUUGUCGUCGAAUGGCGUGGAAGUCGAUACCCUGCCCAGUACAUUCUUGUGGGUGCUCACGUGGACAGCUGGGACAUCGGGCAAGGCGCUGCAGACAAUGCCGCAGGCGUGUUCGUGGCUUGGCGUGCCCUGUCUACUUUGAAGCGUCUAGGUAUGAGGCCCAAGCGCACUGUGCGAUACGUUGUCUGGACUGCACGUGAACAGGGUAUGCUUGGGGCGUCGGCCUUCUUCAAGCGUUACGCCGCAGACGCCGUCGACACAGUCUUGGCACUUGAACUGGACUUCACUGCAUUUCCACCAUCGGGGCUGACUCUCUCUCAAUGGGUGCACAACGACACCGUCUGCAUAAUGCGGGAGAUGCUUAAGGAGUUUGAUCCCAUAGAUGCAUCUGGGUUGGCGCGUGGAGAGGAAGGAUCACCUGAGCUGGAAGAAUGGCUUCGAGCCGGUGUGCCUGUGGCCAGCGUAACGACACAUUGGCAGAAACACACCGAACUCAUGCGUCACACCGAAGCCGAUACCGUCUCAAGUAUACAGCGUGAGCACAUGGACUUGUGCACGGCUUUCGUCGCUGGCUUCAUCCACAUGCUUGGGGAACUCGACCAAAAGCUGCCGCGCUGAUUUUAUAGCACGUGUGGAAGGCAAAGUAAGAAGACGAAAACGAAACGCGAACUCAAUAGUUGAAGGUCAGGAAUGAACUGAUAAAUCGAAAGUUACACACGA